GUUUGAAUCGUUGCAUUAUUCUUUCUAUCAAGUCUUAGUUUUGCUGCCUCUGUGUGUGUGUGUGUGUUUUUUUUUUUCUGUUUUGGCCCUGUAAUCUAUUUUUCUGUAUUCUGCAGUUUUGUAUGGAGAAAGUUCUUUUUCGUGGAAUGUUAUAUAUUCGAAACUCAUUUUUUUAAAUCCUUUUUCUAGUGUUUGAUUAGGUAUAAAGUAGGUUGACAUACGAGAAUCCUACUAGUUGUAGAACAGGGAUUGAGGAUAGUAUUUUCGUGAAAUUUUUUAGCAGUAAAGGUUGGCAGUUAUGUAUAGAUAUUGAUGAAGUAACUGAUAGAGGAAAACAAUUCGGUAACCUAAUCUAUGUAGCCCGGUGCACAAAGCAUUCUGCAUUCACGUAGGGUCCGGGGAAGGGCCGCAACCCAAGGGGUGUGAUGUAGACAUCCUACCCUAGCACAAGCAUUAGUGGCUGCUUCCACGGCUCGAACCCUUGACCUAUAGGUCAUACGAAGACAACUUUAUCGUUGCUCCAAGGAGAAAUAUAGUAGGGACAAAAGUCGAAGUAAGCUUACAUAAACUUUUUAGGGGGGGAGGAAAAGCCGGUAUUCUUUCUUCUGCAGCAACUUUAAUGGAAAUCAACGCUUACCAAACUCGCGCUGAGCUUCUUCUUCGAAGCUACAUGCUUUCAGAUUCUUUCAUUGUCUACUCUUCUGUUAUUGGUGGCAUUUUCGCAUGCAAAAUGGUAUAUGAUCUUAGCCAUAUAUUCACCUCUAUUUACUUUAAGGGCUAUGCUGGCCUCUCAAAACCCCAACAAGUUGAGUGGAAUAACCGGUCCAUAUCUACGGUCCAUGCUAUUUUCAUUACAGCCAUGUCACUGUAUUUGGCAUUCUGGUCAGAUCUUUUCUUUGAUGAUCAGCUCUCUGGCCUUGUCACUAUACGGAGUUCCACUUUAUCAACCGGCGUAUUGGGGGUUUCUUUGGGAUAUUUUCUUUCUGAUCUCGCGAUGAUCUUUUGGUAUUAUCCUUCUUUAGGUGGACUGGAGUAUGUUGUUCAUCACCUUCUUUCUAUGUUAGCAGUAACAUAUGCAAUAUUGACGGGUGAGGGGCAGCUUUAUGUGUACAUGGUUUUAGUUUCUGAGGCAACUACACCUGGGAUCAACUUAAGAUGGUAUCUUGAUGCAGCUGGAUUGAAAAAGUCUAAAGCAUACCUCCUAAAUGGUUUCAUGAUGGUGUUUGCUUGGCUGGUUGCCAGAAUAUUGUUAUUCAUUUACUUGUUCUACCACGUCUACCUCCACUACGAUCAGGUCAAGCAGAUGCAUUCAUUUGGGAUUUUACUGAUAUCUGUCGUGCCAUCGGUUAUUGGUGUGAUGAACUUGCUUUGGUUUUGGAAGAUUGUGAAAGGACUUAUGAAGACUUUAGCAAAGAGGCAGUGAAGUUUGGACCAAUUUCCAUGAUAAUACAUCAAAUGCCUUUUUCAAAAACAUGUACAUUUCAACCUGGAAAUUUCAACCCUGGGAAAAAGUAGUUUAGCAAAUUCUGGGGUUUACAUGAGGAAAAAAUAUUACUCAACUGGUUUCUUUCUGUACAUAACAAUUGGAUACAGCAAGGCUUGACUUGCUGUUCCAUCGAUAAAAGGUCAACAAAAAAUAUUUAAUUUUGUCUUUCUA